CGAGGAGAGGAAACCCGGUCAGAGCUUGCCCGCUGAACGUCUCGUUCUCUGUGUCAGUAUGCAGGUGUCUCUAGCGCUCGUGCACUGCGGCGCGCGGCUGUUGCUGCUACUGGGAUGUUUCACAGCUGCGCACGGAUGGAGAGCUUUAAAAAAUGAUGCGACAGAAAUUAUACCUGAGUACACGGAGGACACGAAUAGACCCGAGGAGCAGAUACAGCUUUAUGACAACAACACAUUGAACCGAGCUAAGAACGGAGGAAGAAGGUCAUCAGGCAACUCCCGUACGUAUAGAGCCUCUGAACUAAGCUGCCGGGAGCUGCGUUCUACCCGCUACAUUACAGAUGGAUCUUGUCGCAGUGUCAAACCUGUGAAGGAACUAGUGUGUUCUGGUCAAUGCCUUCCAGCUCACCUUAUGCCAAACUCAAUUCUAAGGGGAAAAUGGUGGAGAAGCAGUUCAUCCGAUUAUCGCUGCAUUCCCGCGCACUCCCGCACCCAGCGGAUACAGCUCCAGUGUCCUAACGGACCCAACCGGACAUACAAAAUCCGAGUAGUCACGUCUUGCAAGUGCAAACGCUACACUCGCCAUCACAACCAAUCGGACAUCAAGGAGUUGUCCUCCAAGAAGCCCCGACGCAAUAAGAAACACCGUAGCAAAGUGCCAUCAGUCAACAGCAAUUCAUAAUGAGGGGAAACAUACACUGAUACAGAAACUCUCUCCUGCACACAUACAAAUACAACUAUACACAUAUGCACACAUAUUUCAGAAACUGUAAUCCUCAACUACAAGGGAAGGAAAAACACAUUAGCUUUUAAGAAAGCUUGCCAACAAGUUUCCAGUGUAUUUCAGAUGUCCCACUGUUUGUAUGUGCUCUUUAGCCAAAAAAGUCCCAGUUUAAUCACAGGAUGCCAGUGGACUAAUGGACACUUGAGUAAAAGACGUAUGCUGUUAUGUGAGAUUAGUUCAGGGAAUGUGAUAGUUCAUGAAAUUUUGAGGAAGGAGGAAUAACUCCAUAUAUUCUUGCCCAAGCAGUUCAUUUCAAGUUUGAAGUUCAUUGAAAGGGUAAGCUAACUACGGGGAAACACAAUGAGCACUCAACCGAUCCACCAAGCGCUCAUGUGAAUGUUUACGUACCAGAUUUGUCCUCCUCUUUUGGGACUGGGAGCAGCGUGUGAUUUGACCGUCCAGCCGUGUCGGGCCCAAAAGACACACCGCUGCUGACAGAUCACUAAGGCCCAGAAUUCUUAACCUUGGUCAAUUUUCCCAGCCCGCGAGUCCUUUUGACGGGCUGGGGAGCCGAGCCAAUCACCAUGUGAGUUUCUGCAACUUCACAUUUCCACAUGAAACUGAUCGGAACUGGCAGUUAUGGAGAGUUAGAAAAGUUGUGUCAGCCCUCCGCGGUCCAAGUCCCUGGAGGUCAAGAACCGCAAACGAUAUUCCUGUGACUUGUCCUAAUUACCAAAUAGUUCCAUUCCUGUGUUUAGGAUUUGAGUCAUAAAAAGCUAUUUCCUCUAAACGUGGUCAGUUCCUGUUUGUUAGAACACCCGAAAAAGAGGCCCACAUGUGUGCAAGAAUCUGCAGCAAUUCCUCGCGGGCAAAGAACCUUUCUGCACCCUCCUUCAAUGGAAACCAUUUGGAGAUAUUCAGCUAUCUGAAAUCGCUAGCGGGUUACCUAUUUCUAUUACUGAAGUCUUUAGCAAAGAUGUCAUCCUUCUUGUCUUGUGACUUGAAAAGGAGAGACAAAUCCAUGAACCAAACUUUGAAAUUGUGGUCUGG